AUGCGCCGAACGUUUGAGGUGAACGUCUUCGGGCCAAUGGCGAUGGUGCAAGGCUUUGCCCCGCUCCUCGUUAAGACUGCAACUCCCGAGCGCCCGACGGUUAUUGUCAAUAUCGGCAGUACCGCGUCCCUUCCCCCACCCUUCAUGGCGACCUACGGUGCAUCCAAAGCUGCCAUACAAGGUUUAUCAGGUGCCCUCCGACUUGAAAUGUACAGUCUCAACGUCCGCGUUAUGACCCUCGAGCUGGGGGUAGUAAGGACGGCUAUGAGCGCCGGCGAAAAGCUAGGCGACAUUAUGAGGUCGCCCACGUCUGGCUAUUACGACAACUUUGACGAGAUUUUCAAGCAGGUUGAAGCCACCAUGGCCGACCUGCUCACCAGUGCUCCGACCGCGGCCGCUGUCGCCAGCCAGAUUGCCGAUGCAGUCAAGGCAUCGCCGCCGCCAAAAUUGUGGCUCGGCGAAAUGUCAGCGGCGUUCCGGUUCAUCGUCCCUCUACUGCCCGUCAGGCUCCUUGACCAUCUGUGGUGGAAACCGCAAGGGGUGGACAAGGUGAAGGCACCUAUCCGGUAG